AUGAGCGGCGGGGCGGAGCUGGUGGCGGCGCUGCGGCGCGUGGGCUACCCGCGCGCGGGCGCGCUGAGCGGCGCGGACCUGGACUGGCUGCUGGAGGGCGCGGAGGAGGCGCCGUUCGUGCGCUGGUUCUGCGGCGCGGCCGGGCCGCGGCUGGCGCUGGGCGAGGCGGAGCUGCGCGCCUUCGAGGCGCUGAGGGAGCGCGGCCGGCCCGUGCUGGGCGGCGCCGCCCUGCGCGAGGCCCUGGGCGCGCGGCCGCGGCCGGCCCGCGCGGACGACCGCCGCGACGACGGCGACGCCCUGGAGGCGCUGGAGCGCGAGGUGCGGGCGCUGCGCGCGGAGCGGGCGCUCAAGCUCGGGCGGCGCGACGCGCUGCGGCUGCUGACGGCGGGCGCCGGGCGCCGGGCGCGGAGGCUGCGCGACGAGGAGGACCGGGCCGCCCGGGCGCUCAGGCACAGUCAGGGCGUCGCGAGCGCCGCCCAGACGACGGUCCGGCUCGAGCUGGACGCGCUGGCCCGCGUGGUGGCGGACGUGACGGCGCUGCUCGGAAGCUCGGAAGCCCCGACGCCGCUGUGGCUCUCGCGCUGCCCCGUGGACACGUACCUGGGCCGCGAGGAGCGCAGCACGGCGGCGCUGGCGGCCUUCGCCAAAGCGCACCUGGCCCCGGGCGCACGCGAGGAAAUCGAAAGAGCGAGUGGACAGUUUCAACGUCUAGACUUGCAGAGUCCACUUCAUUGCAACAGCCCGGACGAUCCCGAGGACGAGGACGAGCGGCUGGAGAUGUCCAGGCUGCAGCUGGCGCACGUCGCGGCGCAGCAUCAGUUGCUCUCCUGGCAGACGAGCCAUCGGGGCCUCAGAGCCAGAAUCACAUGGCUGGCAGACAACCUGCACGGCCUCACCGACAAGGCUGUUGGCAAAGAUCAUUUGGAUGCUAAAAUUUCUAGUCUGAACAGUGAGGUUCUGAAACUUGAAGAAGAAAUCACUCAUAUCAAAGACAAACGUUUACCUCCUCUUAUAAGAGAGAAUGUUCAGUUUUUGAAUAUCCCAAUCGUCAAAGGAGAUUUUGAUCUGCAGAUUGCUAAACAGGAUCAUUAUACAACUAGACAAAACUUAGUUCUAAAUCAGUUGAUAAAGCAGAAGGCAUCAUUUGAGCUUCUACAGUUGUCUUAUGAACUUGAAUUGAGAAAGCAUCAGGAUAUAUAUCAUCAACUUGAAAUUUUAGUUCAAGAAUUUACUAAAAGUAAUGUGAUGCUCCACCAGCGAUUAGAAAUGCUAACAGACCCAUCAGUAUCUCAGCAGAUGUCUCCAAGGAAUACCAUUGAUACCAAGGAUUAUUCUACCCAUAGGCUUUACCAACUUUUAGAAGGAGAGACUAAGAAAAAAGAAUUAUUUAUAACGUAUGGAAAUCUUGAGAAAGCAGCUGAGAAGUUUAAAACAGAUGUUUCUUUAAUACAGAAUCAGUUUGCAGUUUCUGCUCAAGAACAUUCUUUAUUUUUAUCCAAAGUGAAUAAUGAUGUAGACAUGCUUUGCGAUGCUCUCUAUCACGGAGGAAAUCAGCUUUUACUUAGUGAUCAGGAGUUACUGGAGCAGUUUCAUCAAGUUGAAUCUCAAUCGAAUAAAUCAAAUCGUCUUUUUACUGAUAUUCUUGCUGAUAUAAAGACAAAAAGGAAAAUUUUGGCAUCUAAUAAGCUCCAUCAAAUGGAAAGAAAUCUAUAUGUAUAUUUCUUAAAGGAUGAAGACUAUCUGAAAGAUAUUGUGGAGAAAUUAGAAAACCAAUCAAAGAUUAAGGCUGUUGGUCUGGAAACCUGAAAAUUACAAAAAAAGAGAACAAAAAAACUAAAAAUAACUUACUGUAUAUGUGCUAUACUUUAAUGAUUUAUAUAUCAGGAGACUAUAGUUUAAUAAAUAUUAAUUGAAAGUCAG